GGCUGCCUUAUCUCUCUUCCCCUCAACUUUUAAUCCUUCCAAUCUUCCAACACAUUUUUUGGCGACAAUUGUUACACUUUCUACUGAUUGCUUGUAAUGGCAUCUUCGCAAACACUGUCGGGAAACAAAUUCGGUAACUCCAACAAUGUACACCAAGGCGACAACAUCUACAACGACUGCCAAAUCGUUCAAGCUGAAAAUGACUCGGACAAUGUCUACCUUCGAGAUUUGAGUCAGACGGAUCCUAGACUCGACAAAAUGAGAAUUUUAGAAACAAAAGGCCCUUUGCUGCGUGAAUCAUAUAGUUGGAUCCUUGGCCACCGAGAUUUCCAACAAUGGCUUGAUGCGCAAAACGGAAUUCUAUGGAUUAAGGGUGACCCUGGAAAAGGGAAAACAAUGCUUCUCUGUGGGGUAAUUGAAAGCCUAGAAGAGAAUAACGACACGGAGGAUGACAUUGCCUACUUUUUCUGCCAGGCAACAGAUUCUCGCAUCAAUACUGCAGCAGCUAUCCUUGGAGGUUUAACCUUUGGCCUUGCUCGUCGGAAAACAUCACUGCUCUCUUACGUUAGAGAGAAGCAUUUGAGCCCAGGAAAGUCACUGUUUGAUAAUCCGAAUAGCUGGGUUGCUAUUUGCGACAUCUUCGAGACUGUUAUUCAGGACUCUACACUAUCGCGCAUUGUUCUGAUUGUUGAUGCCCUCGACGAAUGUGUAACAACAAAUCGAGAUUCUUUUCUGCGAUUGGUUGUGAGAACAAGCUCCAGGGUAAAAUGGCUUCUAUCUAGCCGCAAUUUGGAAGAUAUACAACAACGACUCCUGUCAAAGGACUCAGUUAACCCGUUGAGUCUCGAACUCAAAGAGAAUGCAGAAGCAGUAUCACAAGCUGUUCGCAGCUAUAUCGACCACUGCGUUGCUCACCUGGAAUUUAUCCAAGAGAGUGAAGAACUCAAAACGAAAGUUCGUGACACUCUUGAGCGUAAGGCGAAUGACACAUUCUUAUGGGUAGCUCUUGUACUUCAUCAACUUCAAGACGCCAUGGAGUGGGAAGUGCUAGAGAUACUGGAGCAGAUGCCAGAAGGUUUGAAUAACCUAUACGAUUUAAUGAUGAACCAGAUACAGAAACAGCCCCAGCAAAGACGCGAUUUCUGCAUAAAACUUCUUUCGAUAGCCAUUUCAGCAUACCAGCCCCUACAUCUUGAAGAGCUCAACUCUGUGUGGCAAGUGGAAGCGGAAAACCCACGAGGACAAAGGAAUGUCCGGAAAGUCGCGCAGCUCUGUGGCUCGUUCCUCACUGUGAAAGACGAUAUCGUCUAUUUCAUUCACCAAUCAGCCAAAGAUUUUGUACUCAAACAAGGAUCCCAAGCCGGUAUAGCGAGCAAACAUUAUUAUAUAUUCAAAUCUUCAUUAGAUACUAUGUCCAAAAGCCUUCAUCGUAAUAUUUACGGCAUUAAAUCCCCGGGUACCCGAAUUCGGAAUAUUGCCACUCCACGUCCGGAUCCAUUGGCCUACAUUCGCUAUCAGUGCAUAUUUUGGAUUGACCAUCUUCUGGCUGCAAAUAAAGAGGAGAGGGACAAUGAUAUCCAGGACUGUGGUAACUUAUACACUUUCUUCACAAAGAUGUACCUUUACUGGUUGGAGGCUCUUUCCAUACUGCGGAGUAUGGAUCAUCCUGUUACAAAGAUGUAUGAACUUGAUGCUAUGAUUCAGCAACAGGGACCACCCCGGUUGAGAGGGCUUCUUGAAGAUGCCAUUCGCUUUAUUCAAUAUAAUAGAGGAAUAAUAGAAGCUGUCCCUUUACAAACCUACUUCUCAGCUGUGGCGUUUGCACCUGAAUGCAGCCUCAUUCGGAAAGCGUUUAUUAGCAAUGUUUGCGAGGGCGUUCCUCGUAUACUAAACCAACCGAAUACUUGGGAAUCACGCGUGCAAUCCUUAUUUGGCCAUGAAGAUAUUAUCCUUUCACUAGCAUUUUCACCAGAUUCACAACUACUAGUCUCCAGAUCAGAGGAUGGGACUGCAAGAGUAUGGGAAACAAAAACAGGCAAUUGCCAACGAAUAUUACCCCUCAGAGACCAUCACAGCUAUCGUUGCCAUGCGGUUUUGUUUUCACCUGACUCGAAACAAAUAGUAUCGAUGGAUACAGAGAAAAUUUGUCUUUGGAACAUAGAUACUCCCGAAAAGAUGCAUACAUUACAUAUCGACAAGAAACGCUUCUUGUCAGUUGCAUUUGCAUCUGACUCAAAACUUCUGGCUUUGGCCCAUUUUGACAUGUCUGUUUAUAUCUGGUGUACCGAGACAGGCAAUCUUUUACAGACACUCCCAACCCCACCUAAUUACACUAGAAAGGGUUUUGGUUUCGGUUACUCGACGCCCCUUGUUGCAUUUUCACCUGACCUAAAAAGAUUAGCUGUGGGAGCUUCAGUUGUGAUAACAGUUUGGGAUAUUGAAGCAGCGAAGGAGGUGUGUAGUUUACCUCAUCGGAGAAAUGGAAAUUUGGAAACAAUAACUUUCUCUCCUAACUCUAAGCUUCUUGCCUCUGUUGAACGGUCUUUCGAUUAUCAAUACCGGUAUAGCAUAAAUGUAUGGUGCAUUACAACUGGUAGAAAGCUGAAAAGCUACCAGGGUGAGUUGUGCAACUACUUUUUAGAAGGAAAACUUGUGUUCACUUCCAACACUGAAUUGGUAAAGACAACAACAAAAGGGCUAUAUCGUUGGCAAUUUCAAUCAAGCUCGGAUAUGGUCCUCGUUUCAGAUAUUGAGCCCUUAUCAAUUACGGACUUCUCCCCUGAUAUGACUUGCUUCGCAGGGUCAGAUGGCUAUAGCAACACUAUUCGUAUCUGGCAAUUACCUCCUGGCAACAAUCGUGGGGUGAUUCCAAAGAAAGACCAUCUCUCUGAUUGGGGGUAUUUGUGGGUGAAUAUUUCACCUGACUCAUCAGUUGUCGCUUCGUGGAGCUUUGCAAGCACAAAAAUAACAUUACAACGAACUGAUACAGGUGAAUGCUUUGCAAUAUGCAAAGGCCACCAUGAAUCAGUAACUGCUAUAGCUUUCUCACCUGAUUCUUCAACCCUUAUAUCAGUUGACAAAAAGAGAAUCCUGCGCCUAUGGAAGCUUGACACAGGCGAAUGCAGGGACGUCCUGUCAGUGAUGGAAUUGCAGAGCAUGGAUGAAGACUCGCAAGUUUCUCAAAUAGCAGUAUCUGUUGACAUGGAUAUUAUUGCUUGUGGCCAGUCAAGAGGUAUGUUCAUCCUGCAAAGGAACAAUGAAAAAGAAUAUAGGUGCAUUGCUGAAUACUCUGCCCCUCGCCUUCGUUUUGGUCUCUAUGUCUACAAAGAAAGUUCCACGAAACAAAUGGCAAUCUCGUUCAACUCCGUAUUUAUUACUUGGAGAGCGAUGCAGGGUCGUGACGCCAUAGAGGAGCACUGGCGUGUUGACAUAAAUGAAGCCAUUGAUGUCCGCGAUAUGCCUUACCGUUACUCACUUGACAAGCGAGGGAUAGAACAGGCGCAUAAUAAGGUCUAUAUGAUACCCUAUAAUCAACAAUGGCGAGGCGAGACAGAUAGCAGCCAAUUCAGCUGGGUAACUAAAAACAACGAGCGACUGGUAUGGAUACCAGAUGGAUUUCGCCCACAAAGACAAGGGUAUUGGGAUUCAUCGGGAUCGAUAGUAGCUAUUGGAAUGAGUUUGGACUUGACAAUUAUUAUUGAUUUUUCCAGGCAGCUCAACAGCAUUAUUGAUAAAGACGAUGAAACGAAGAUUUUGAAAAGAAAGAGGGAGGAUUCGGAUUCGGAGGCUGCUAUUGUAAAGCAGCCGAAGACAUUUGAAGAAUUUAAGAAUGUCUAAUAGAGAAAGAGCAACAUUAUCACAGAUCAUAUACUAGAAAAUGAUAAAGGGAUAAAAUGCAUCUUGGUAAAAAAUACUAUACAGUUAAAUGAAGGUUUUGUGAAGCCAGCC